AUGGGGUCUGUAUCUAUAAGGGCUCCUCUGCCCCAUAGCGCUCCUGUGCCCCAUAGCGCUCCUGUGCCCCAUAGAGCUUCUGUGCCCCAUAGCAGCCCUGUGCCCCAUAGCGCUCCUGUGCCCCAUAGCGCUCCUGUGCCCCAUAGCGCUCCUGUGCCCCAUAGCAUUCCUGCACCCCACAGCGCUCCUCUGCCCCAUAGCGCUCCUCUGCCCCAUAGCAUUCCUGCACCCCAUAGCGCUCCUCUGCCCCAUAGAGCUUCUGUGCCCCAUAGCAUUCCUGCACCCCAUAGCGCUCCUCUGCCCCACAGCGCUCCUGUGCCCCAUAGAGCUUCUGUGCCCCAUAGCGCUCCUGUGCCCCAUAGCAGCCCUGUGCCCCAUAGCAGCCCUGUGCCCCAUAGCGCUCCUGUGCCCCAUAGAGCUCCUGUGCCCCAUAGCGCUCCUGUGCCCCAUAGCGCUCCUGUGCCCCACAGCGCUCCUGUGCCCCAUAGCAGCCCUCGCUCCUCUGCCCCAUAG